UUUACCGAAUCCGCCUAUGUAACACUUCCGCAUCUGCGGUGACAGAGUUGGAACGUUGUUUGUCAACCCCAGACAUCCUGACCUGAAAAUCGGUUUUCUCACAAACGCGUCUGUAGCCUCCGAACGGUUUGGUCUAAACACUAAUAUGACUCAUCUGUGUAAAGCUUCACAUAGGUGCUGGCGUGUAUGUACUUCAAGCGCACAGGAGUGCUGAAUUCACCGUCUGCCGAAGUUAAAACACGGAAAGGGUUCAACAGCUGCCAAUAGGAUCCGUUUGAGGUCCGUACUGAGGUAGAAUAUAUCCAUCUGAGAGACCAGCACGUGAUGUCGUCGUUCACCCGUGAAAAACUGUCUCUGCACCUGCGGCGCAGAAUGGGGGUGUUUGUGAGCAGAGUGAAAGCCACAGAGCUCAUGGCCAACCUCCCUUGCCUUACACUUUCUGACAAGGAGGAGAUCCAGGCCAAGAAGGACUUUUCUGGUAACUAUGCAGCCAUGCAACUCCUGCUGGACUAUGUGCAGAAGAGAAUGAACUGGCCAGAAGAGUUGAUAUCAGGCCUGGAGACGUUGGAGCAUCAGGAUCUGGCUGAGGAACUGAGGGCAGAGUGGAACAAGCACAACCAGAACAAUCCCUACCCUCCUUCAGCUGCUGCUACCACCGCAGUCAGGACCCAUGUUCAUCCAAUUCCUUCUACCAGCUCUGAGGGGUCGCCAUAUUCUCUGGUCCUCCCAGCUCAUCCAGCCCCACCGGCGGUAUCUGCCCCACUGGCGGUAGCCCCGCCUGAGGCUUCACUCCCUCCUGAAGUAGCCCCAGAGGUUUUGCCACCUCCUGUAGUGGCUGCCCAGCCAGAAGCCCCUCCAAGCUCAGUGCCUGAGGCUCCCGUGGCUGGCUCCUCUUCAGAGCCAGCGUCACAUGCUCCCGAAGCAGCAGUGAGCCCUGACAUAGCCUCAGAGGCAGCACCUUCUCCUGUCGCUGCCCCCCAGGCAGCCCCUCCGUCUCCCGUCUCAGCGGACGAGCCCACAGGGAUCUCUGAACCUCCAGCCUCAUCCCAGCCUGGUCCUAUUGACGUCGUCAGUCUGGAGGACAACUCAUCUCAUAGUGAUGCUCCAACACAGAUAGCACUGUCCGAAACCACUCCUACCUUGUCUGGUUCAGACCUAAUCCCAGCUGUAACUGAAAUCACUCCCACGUUGCCUGUCUCACACCUAGCCCUGUCCCAAACUGAAUCCACCCCUGCUGCCUUGGCCACAUUCCAGUCCCCUGAGAGACGUCCAGUUCAGGACACCUCGCCACACACAGUCAACGAGACUACCUUCCACCAGGAGGCUGUAGAAGACUCUGAUCCAACCCAGGUGACUGAAGAUGACCGGCACACUGAGCCGCCUCAGAUCCAGCCCUUCUCCGCGGCCACGGCCCCACCCCCGGUGGAUACCUCCAUGAAUGAGGAUGACGUGAACUUCAGCAAGCCUGAAGUCCUCCGCAGUGAGGUCAUGGACAGCCAGCCAUACUCAGGAGACUCAACACGUCUACAGAUGUCUGUGUCAGACCUGGUACUUGCUACAGCUGAUGUGAACAGUCCUGUUGUGGUCCCAGACGCCGUCACUAGUUCCACCCCUCUGCCAUGUCAGGAGAAUGGAGUUCCUGAGGAAAUAACAGAACCCCUGUCCCAUAACGAGCCCCAAGAGGACACCUACGAGUCCCCCUGCAUGAGCUCCCUGGGGGACCAGGAAGUGCUGCUCAAUGUUGUUCACGUGUCUGAGGACGCGUCCAUUCAGAACAACGACGGCCAGACACCGAGCAUGCUGGGUAUUGUAGUCCACGUGUCCGAGGAGCCAUGUAUAUGGAAUCAAGAUGGCCAAACACAGAGCAUGCUGGGUAAUAAUGAUGUGGGUGUGUCUGAAACACCCCCACCAGUUCAGAACCACAAUAGCCAAUCUCAGAUCACACCUCUCUCUGGAUCUACCGCCCUUGACCUGUCGUCUGGUCCGAACCAGCACGGCCAAUCUCAGGGUCUGAUUAUGAUCGUUAACGGCCAAGACGCCAGCCCCUCAACCAAACAUCCUGAUGCUCCAGCUCCUACUGGCUUUGUCCCCAUCGUCAACGGCUCUUCCUCGGCGGAGAACCGUCAUCCCCUGGGGCCUAUGGGGGCAGAGGUCCUGAUGGAGGCUAGAGCUGUUCCUGAACUGAAGCAAGAGAGAGCGAUGGGAGAGAGCUAUUAUCUUCUGGGGGCUGCUGUAGUGGCCGUCUCAGCCCUGUUCAUGGCCUGGAGGAUGAAGAAUUAACAACCAGGGUUGAGGAUAGGUUGUCUGAAAUGACACCAUGUUUAUAUAUAUUAAGUCACAGUGAGUAACCUUGUCUUUGGCCCCUGUCCUUUUGGGCGGUUCUGGCGAUCUACUGUUUCUGUAGCGUGACGCAGCUUGAAGAAUAAUUACACAGCCUGGACAAAGUAGUGCACUAUAUUGGAAAUAGGGCCUGAACAAAGUAGUGCACUAUAUUGGAAAUAGGGCCUGGACAAAGUAGUGCACUAUAUUGGA